GUAGGGCACCUCGUACUUGUCACUUCCUUGCGCUAACAUACAAGGAAAUAUCUGGUACAGAAACAUAGUCAGGCUUGUGCUGUACUACAUUCCACGAAAUUGUGUGAGGAAUAGGAACAUUUGGCACAACCUUGGCACCGCUGGCUGUGCGGGACAAGAUGGCCUUGAUCUUUGUCUUGGCGCUCGCUUACGUACAGAGUAACACGGCAACCGGUACGUCCUUGACCUUGACCCAGACACAUUCACAGGCCUUUUUGGGUCUGACGCUUCAAUUAAAGUGUGACGUCAAAACAGCCACCAGACAACCACAAGGUCUGCUCUUCCAAAUGAACACUGUUCCAAAGUGCACGGUGAAGGUAGAUGAUUGUACCCAAUACACGCGAGACACUGAUUCCCAGACACAGUACACGUGUGGGUGUGGACAGCAGAGUGACGGCAACUACGUCUACAUCCUCAACGCCUCCUCCUUACACGACGACGUUGAAGGAAACUGGAGAUGUGAAUAUGAAGAGUUUAGCAACACCAUCCAUGUGAACCUGACUGAUCCUGAAGGUCCAACACAGAUACAAAUGGUCAAAACAGAACCCCAGACUAAGGAGGGAGAUAGCGUCAACCUGACCUGCUCCGCCAACUGUCUCCCCGACUGUCGUUACAGCUGGACCAAAGGUGGACAGGACCUGACCAGUCAGACCAGGGGGAGUCGGGGUCAAGUCCUGGCAGUGAGGGGGGUGGUGGGCGACGACAGCGGCAACUACACCUGCACAGCCGUCAACCCCUCAUCUAACAAAGCCAGUGACACCUCCGCGUUCCUUCUUGUUCAGACCAGCCCGAAGAGGAAAGUUGAUGCACCCUUCGCGCCGACAUUGAAGACCGCGACAGGUCAAACAGCCAAGAUGGAGGUGACCUUCUCCGGUGACCCUCGACCAGAGGUCAGCUGGUGGAAGAUUGAAAGUGGCUCUCUGACCCCUGUGAACAACAGCGUUGGAGACACAGAGCGUCAAGAUAUCCCAGGGGAAGUGGACGGCAGUCUGACAGCUGUGUUGGCUGUGAAGGUGGAGACGGACGACGACCUGGGCAUGUACUGUGUCUCAGCCGAGAACAUCGUCGAUACGACCUUUGUCUACAUUGACCUGCAAGGUGAAGACGAAUUUGAUGAGGAUGCUCGCUGUCACUCACAGACUGCUGUCGCAGAAAUGUCGAUAUUGAGGAUCGGUGUCAUUGCUGGUGCAGCUGCCAUGUUGCUUGCCAUCACCGUCGUUGCCGUCGUCUUCUGCAGAAAGUACAAGGAGAUGAAAAGAGCGCUGGAUUGCCCGUAUGCCUCCACACAGCGGUUGGGCAAUGCUGUGGUGGAUUCAAACCACUACCAGGAACUCCCCUCCCCGCAGACAUUGAGGAAACAACUGCCGGAGGGAGGCUAUACUCUACCGACAGGAGGCACUGGUUGGGUGUUCUCGACAAAGGUUGACCUGAAACCAGUUGACGGCACACACCCCAUCUCGAAAACAAACCCCAUCUACGACCACAUCCACGAUGACAACAUCAUGAUCAAAUAAAACACACCGGGUCAUGGGUCAGCCCUGAGGGUUGCCAAGGUCACAUCGAUCACUGCACGAAUAACAGCGGUUCCCAAGUGACAUACAACAUUUCAUAGUCGGCUGAACAUGCUAUCCCUCGAAGUAUACGAUGGAUUAUUUGAGGGAAUACACAAGUUGCACUCCAUUCUUCAGAAUACAGAGCCCGAUGUACUACUUACUAACUGUUGUAUAUCAGGGGAUGAACUGUUUGACCUGACAGAGGACUGGCCAGCAUCCACGACUCCUCCCCCCCCCCCCCCGGGAAAAAAAUAUAAAUCCACACCCUGAACUUUAGCCUCGCUAUCCUUACCCUUCAUUCUACAUAUGGCUCUUAUUUGUAAACCUCAGCUCCACCCACAUCCUUACUCUUCACCCUACCAUCCAACUAGUUCAAAGCCGCCCGUUAACCACAACCCAGUUGCUACCAUCAUUCAUACUCCCAACUCAUCCCAACCUUGACCCACUUUCCCACCCUCAAACCAAUCCCCAUCCUCACCCUACCCUAGAAGAUCCGGGGUAAAAUAGUUCUUCAGCAACCCAUGCUUGCCGUAAGAGGCGACUAACGGGAUCGGCAGGUCAGGCUCGCUGACUAGGUUGAUGCAUCUCAUCGAUCCCAAUUGCGUGGAUAGAUGCUCGUGAUAUCAAUCACUGGAUUGUCUAGUCUAGACUCGAUUGUUUACAAACCGUCGUCAUAUUGUUGAGUGCAGCGUUAAACAACAAACAAAUCAACCAUCCGCACCCCUAAUCAAACAAUGAAUCCAAUUCUUCUUCUUCUUCUUCUUCUUC